GUACACGCUGCAGCUUCCACUUCCUGGCCCCGCGGGUCAACCCUAAACACGCAAGCACCGUCAAGCACUGCUGUGAGCUGACUCGGUGUCCGCGGGGCAGCCAGCGCCUCGCCCGCGCCAGCGUUCCAAAGCGCAUCAUUCGGAUUCGCAUCAGGCAGCGAGCCGCAGCAGCAGGACCAGCCACAGCAACAGGGCUGCGCCUAUGCUGCCCGCGGCCCCUGGCACUGGUGCAAGUGGUGCGAGUGGCUCAAAGCGUUCGCUGUGGACGCCGCAGCUACCCCAGGCCGCCGCGCUACCUCCAGGCGGAGGCGUCAUAGCCCCCAGCGGAGGUGCCCCGAAGCCCACCGCGGCUUCAGCGGAAGCAACGGUCACGGGGGCAGGCAUGGUGGCUGCGGCGCUGGGUGGCGAGGAGGGCGGCGGGGAGAAGGCCAGUGGUGGUGGGCGACGCCGCGAGGAGGCAGCAGAGGCGCCAGCGGGGCCGGUGGCAGGGCAGGGACCGGUGGCAGGGCUGGAGCCGGUGGCAGGGCUGGAGCCGGUGGCAGGGCUGGGACUGGGGUCCGGCGACGCGGCGUGGGUGCAGGGGGCGUCCGACUCUGGAAGGCUGGAGGGGGUGGUAGUGUGUGGGGCGGCGGCGGCGGGUCCCGGCCCCAGCAACAGCAGCAGCAGCAGCAGUGACAGUGACAGGCGGCAGCAGCAAGGGACCGCUGGCCGGGGUCAGGGUCAGGCGGAGGACCAACGGCUGCUCCGCACCACCGCGGCGCCCGCCCCUACGGCUGGCCAGGGCCAGGGCGGGCGCAGCGGGCUCCACAUCGCCACCUGGCAGCAGCAGCAGCAGCAGCACCUGGAGAGUGCGGGGCCCGCCGGCGCUGAGGCAGGCGGCAGUAGAGAGCAGGGGCAGGGGCGGGGGCAGGGUCAGGGCGGCACAGGGGCAGGGGCGGCUAAGGAAGCGGCGGCGGCGGUGGGGGCAGAUCAGCCGGGUGAGGAGCAGGCGGAGGCGCGAGAGGCCUUCGAGGAAGACCGCAACCUCCUACUCAGCACCAGCGCCACCGCCUCUGCCGCCGGUCUCCUCAGCCCCUGCGCCGCCGCCGCCGUCUUCGCCCCCGGCGCCGUCGGUCCCUCCUCCUCCUUCGGCUCCUCCCCGCACCUGCUGGCGCCUCUGUCGCUGUCGCCUGGCGCCAUUGCCGCCGCCACCCUCGCCGCUGACGCUGGAUCGCACCGCCGCCGCUUCCAGACCGGCGGUUACCUGUACGGCGCCGGUACGGACGAGUUCCGCGGUUACAUCACGGUUGGCGUGGAUCCAGGCGAGAUGGAUCUGGCGGCGGCGGCGGUUAAUGACGACGCUGGAGAUGCGGACGGCUCGUUCCACGGUUUCAGCCGUACACUGGGCAUUACGGCUGAGCCGGCGGCGCCGGCUGUAGCAGCAGCAGCAGCGGCAACAGGGGAGGCGGAGGAGGCGGAUGCCGGAGUGCAGGAGGAGGGGGCGGCGUGGCCUGCGGCAGUAGCAGAGGCGGCGGCGGCUGUAGCGGCAGCACUGGGUGGCGGCGGCGCGGGCGGUGGCGGCGGCAAUGCAGCGGGCGAGGCGGCUGGGUACAAGGGCCUCCAGAGCGGGCGGGGAGGCGAUACGGGGGUGGCGGGAACGCACGGUGGCGGUGGCAGUAGAGGCGGGGGUGCCGACACACCGCCGCACAUACACAUGCCGCCAUCCACGCCGCCGCCGCACCUGCCCAUGCCUGAGCGGCCCUCCUCCCGCCCCAUCGCCAUCCCCGCGCCCCACCACGGCCCGACGGGUGCUGCUGGAGGUGAUGCAGCUGCUACUGCCAGUGGCGGCGGCGGGCACGCGGCUGUAGCAGGGCCCGCCGCCGACAGUAGCGCUAGCAGUAGCAGGGGCAACGGCGGCGGUAGCGGCCGUGUGCGGCGUGUGACCUUUGCUCCCGAGGUGGCUGGGCAGCAACAGCAACAGCUGCUGCUGACGCCAGAAAAUGAUGAGAUAUCCGCGGCAGCAAGCAGUGCGUGGCGCGCUAGCAGUAGCAGCAGCGGCGGCGCUGGUCGCCUGGGCGGCCUCGGCCUUGGCGGCAACGGUGGUGGUGCUGCUGCGGGCGGCCGUGGCAGUAGCAGCAACAGCUUCAACGAGUUGGCGGCGCUGGCAGCAGUGCCGUACCAGCUACUGCCGGGCAGUGAGCCGCUGGAGCCAAACGGCCCAGCAGGUGGCGGCGGCAGUAGCACCUGUGACGCGGCUGCUACUGCUGGUGCUGGUGCGGCCGCCUCCGGCGGCAGUAGCACUGCUGCUGCCGGCGUCAGGGCCGGCGCUGCCGCGCGUGGGGCGCUGGUGCUGCUGCCGCUGACGGGGGCUUUGGGCUGGGCUAGCUGGCGCCUGCUCAUGAGCUCUGACCGCACCGCUGUGGCCCUGGCGCUGUUGGGCUGCCUGCUCACAGCCGCCGCCGCCUCCACCACCACCUACCUGGCCCUACAAGCCGCAGCAGCAGCCAGAAGUGCCGGCACCAGAAACAGCAGCAGCGUCGAUGUCAGCAACGUUGACCUCUGCUGAGAGGUCGGGGCUCUUGGUGGUGGUGAUGGUGAUGGUGGUGGUGGUUGGGGGGGGGGGGGCGGCACCUGCACAUGUACCCGCACCUGCAAUCCUGGCGCUAGCUGUGGUGCAUGCGGAGCUAUAAGUAUGAGGGCCGGAUGCGUCUCAAACAGGAAGGCUGAGAUGAAGGCUGGCUCGGUUGGCAGGCUGAGUUGAAGGCUGGAAUGCGGAAGGCUGGGUGAUGCACCUGGUGUGUGUGUAAUUGAUGAUUGGAAUAUGCGCAGCCGAGGUGGGCGGGCAUGAGGUAGACGUGAACUGACGCGAACGCAGGAGCAGAAGCCUAGAAGAAGGUGGAUGCGGGAGGUCGGAUACCGUGGUUGUGGUAGGCACAGUGCUGGGCAGGGUACGUCUGGCCAGUUGCCCCUAGGAUGGCAAGAGGGGAAGCUGCAGCGCUGGGCAGUUGGAUGAAGGUGGUG